AUGAUUAUAAAAUGUAGAAGUUUUGGAUAUUUUAAGACUCGGCUCUCCUGCCUAUUCCCAGUUCGAUUUUAUGCAAGCAAACCAGAAUCCAUCGACCAUUCGCUUUCGGCGACAUUAUUACAUAAAGCAAGAAAUUUAUCGGAUGAAUACAAAAGACUUGAAGUUAAUCGGUCAGAAAACGAAGCAUAUAUCAAUGCCAAUAAUGUAGAACUGGCCAAGAGGUUUGUGAGGUUACAGAAAAUUCAUAACUCUUUCUCUAACUAUGAAUCGGUUUACAAGCAACUAGAGGAAUUGCGAUCAAUGGAAGUCUCUGAAGCCGAUCCAGAGUUGAAGCUGUUGGCCCAGUCGGAAACAAACAGUCUACAGCCAUUACUCUCUAGCUCCGUUGAAAAAUUAGAGAAUUCUCUACUUUCACAACCACCUACUCACCAAUCUUCAGCGCUUAUAGAAAUUCGCCCUGGUGUAGGAGGUACUGAGGCAGCGCUAUUUGCAAAAGAACUAGCAGAUUUGUAUGCAAAAUAUGCUAGUUACAGAAACUGGAAAACAAAAGUAAUCUCGAGCAGCGUAGUACAAGGAACGGAAGGUGUUUCGGAAAUGAUAUUUUCAAUUGAUGGUGAAGGCGCGUAUGGCCAGUUGAUGCUUGAAGGAGGUGUCCAUCGCGUCCAAAGAACUCCCGCUACUGAAACGAAAGGAAGAGUACAUACUAGCACUGCUUCUGUGAUUGUUCUACCACAGAUGCCUCAGGAAGAAUCAUCUUCCUUAUACAGUCCUUCUGAUAUAAGAAUAGAAGUGAUGCGUUCGCGUGGCGCAGGAGGACAGCAUGUAAACCGAACAGAAUCAGCAGUCCGUUUGACUCAUAUACCAACUGGCAUUUCUGUUAGUAUGCAGGAUUCUCGAUCUCAACAUCAAAAUAGAGAGAAAGCAUUCAUGGUUUUGAACUCCCGCCUGGUUGCUAUUAAAGAAACAAAAGAAAUGGAAGAAGAGAGAGCGAAAAGAAAAGACCAGGUUUCCUCUUCUUCUAGGUCUGAAAAAUUACGCACUUACAAUUAUAAUCAAAAUCGUGUAACAGAUCAUCGAUUAGGUUUGAGCUUUCAUGAUUUAGAUUCUUUUUUGGAAGGUACAAAUAAGUUCCACGAAUUUUUGGAAACGAUAAGGAAGUGGAAUCGUCAGCAAUUACUUACGUCCCUUGACCUUUAA